CCCGGAUGAGGGCGGCCAUUGGGGAAGCGUGCAGGGCUCUAACGUGACCGAGCAGCGCCGUAUCUCCCUCUCUCUGGAAUAAUAAAGGCAAAGUGAAAAAAAGGCAAACCGAGGUCCGGAAAUAACCAGAGCUCCGGAAGAAAAAAGGGUCCAACCGGCAACACGUGACGUGGAAAACCAGGAUUUUCUUCCUUUUCGGUGGUCGUUCGGAGCUCCAGAGUCCUGAAGUGUGGAAGUUACGGUGCAACACAGCGGAAAAUAACACUCAGCUGAGCCCGCUUACAACCGCUAGCACCCCUCUCCCUCCCCACCACACGAAGGCGCGCACGCACCCACACACACACACACACCCUCCCCCCAACACACGCUGAGCGGCGCAGCUAGCCGACAUAAGCUAGCAGUAACUGAGCUGUGUGAACUGGCUUUUUUUCUACUUCUUUUCUUUUUUUUCUCUCUCAAAUCACGGGGCCUUGAAAAAAAAUCCAGUCACAAGCUCAGGCUCUUGUGAGAAUCCAGGGACUUUGCUUAAUGAAUUAUGUCUGCCACAAGCUUUGACCCUCAGAGAUCAAAGGGGCAAGCAUCUAAAGUGCAAAAUGGUUCGCUGCAUCAGAAGGAGACGGUCCAUGACAACGACUUUGAGCCUUACCUCACCGGUCAAUCCACUCAGAACAACAGCUACCAGUCCAUCACCGACCCCUACCUGUCCAGCUACUACGCCCCCUCCAUUGGAUUUCCGUAUCCCCUCAGCGAGGCCCCCUGGUCCACCGGCGGGGACCCCCCUAUUCCAUACCUAACCCCCUACGGACCCUUGAGUAAUGGAGACCAUCACUUCAUGCCGGACACGGUGUUCGGGCAGCCGGGGGGGCUGGGGUCCAGCAUCUACCCCCACCGGUUUAACUUUUUCCCCGAAAACCCCGCCUUCUCUGCCUGGGGCACGAGCGGCUCCCAGGGCCAGCAGACUCAAAGUUCGGCCUACGGCGGCAGCUACAGCUACCCCCCCAGCUCCCUGGGGGGCACCCUGGUGCCUGAUGGUCAGACGGGCUUUCACAGCGACACCCUCAACAAGGCCCCCGGCAUGAACAGCCUGGAGCAGGGCAUGGUGGGCUUGAAGAUCGGGGGGGACGUCGGCGGCCAGUGCUCGGGGGUCAAGGCCGUGGGAUCGGUGAUCGGGGGGCCGGUGGUGGCGGCCGUGGGGAACGGAGCCACGCCCAUCGGAAUGCCGCCGCCCAAACCCACCUCCUGGGCGGCCAUCGCCAGCAAGCCCGCCAAGCCGCAGCAGCUGAAGGCCAAGCUGAAGCCCGGGAUGUCCAACCUGGGGGGGGCUCUCCCCCCGCCUCCCAUCAAACACAACAUGAACAUCGGCACCUGGGACAAAGGCCCUGUGACGAAAGUAGCCACAGCUCCGAUGCAGCACCAGCAGCCCCUGGGCCUGCCCCCCCACGGCAUGCCCCCCCAAGGCCACAUGCAGCAGGGACCCAUGCACCCCCCGCCCCCCCAGUCUAUGGUGCAGCCCCAGAUGCAGCCCAUGGCCUUACAGACGCACCACCACCAACACCAGCACCAUCAGCCGCCGCCUCAGCCCUACCAAAACCACAGCCAGCCCCCGCAACCCCAGACCCGCUGGGUGGCCCCUCGUAAUCGCAACCAGGGCUACGGCCAGGGGGGCUACGGCCAGGGGGGCCCCGGCCACGACGGCGGAGGCGUGAUGGGCAUGAUGGGCGGCGGCAACUGCGGCCCUCCGCCGUGCGCGGGGGGGGGCCCGGUGCCCGGCGGGGAGUCCCAUCCGGUGCUGGACAAGCUGCGCGCCGCCCACGCCUACAACCCCAAGGACUUUGAAUGGAACCUGAAGAACGGACGCGUUUUCAUCAUCAAGAGCUACUCCGAGGACGACAUCCACCGCUCCAUCAAAUACUCCAUCUGGUGCAGCACGGAGCACGGCAACAAGCGGCUGGACUCGGCCUUCCGGGCCAUGAGCGCCAAGGGCCCCGUGUACCUCCUCUUCAGCGUCAACGGCAGCGGGCACUUCUGCGGCGUGGCGGAGAUGCGCUCGCCGGUGGACUACGGCACCAGCGCCGGGGUCUGGGCGCAGGACAAGUGGAAGGGCAAGUUCGACGUGGACUGGCUGUUCGUCAAAGACGUGCCCAACAGCCAGCUGCGCCACAUCCGCCUGGAGAACAACGACAACAAGCCGGUGACCAACUCCCGCGACACCCAGGAGGUCCCUCUGGAGAAGGCCAAGCAGGUGCUGAAGAUCAUCGCCACCUACAAACACACCACCUCCAUCUUCGAUGACUUCUCCCAUUACGAGAAGAGGCAGGAGGAGGAAGAGGAGGUGUGCAAGACCUUUGAACCUUCUCCGAUACCCAACCGCUCUCGGUUGGAUCAGGAGCGCCAAAACCGGAGUAAACAAUAGAAGACAUUAUCCUUGGCUUGAUCAACAGUUACAGACUAGGACUUUUGAUUUAAGAGACAGAAGAAUAUGAAAAUGCAAAGUCCUUCAUUUUUUUCUUCCUAUUUAAUCCUGGUCAAUCUGCCAUUGUCGAGACUUGUUUGCUUUUUAAUUAUUUCUUUUCGGCCCCAUGUACCUCCCACCUCUCGUGCAGGGAUAACAAGUUAAUUAAUGUUUCACCUCGCCAUCACCACGCUCUUUAAUUAUCGUCUUCUUU